AUCACUUUCCCCUUUUUCGUUCAACUUUCCCAAAAGAACUCUCCUCCUUUUCUCUCGACUCACCCCAACCCUUCCCGAUCGUCGACAAAAGGAAGCCAUGAAUUCGGCCGGCGAGUAGCAUCGGACGGUCUUUCUGCUCAACAUCGGCCGGCGAGUAGCAUCGGGCGAGUAGCAUCGUCCGGCGAGUAGGAAGAGCGAGGAACCCUAAAUCGUGCGAUUCGUGCUAAGAAACCCUAGUUCGUGCGAUUCGUGCGAUUGGUUCAAAGGUGGAAAGCGACAUUCCCAACUUCUUCGAGGGACCAGCCGAACUUUUUUUUCACGAGAUUGCCCCUGAAAAAGACGGUA